UUCCUGGGUUGGGUGUCGCCCGGAGCUCAGCCACCACCUGGCAGGCGGAGCGCUCAGUCCGGCCCUCCCUGCCCGCCGCCCGUCGGGCCCCGCAGGUCCCUGCUGAUGGCAGGGCUGCUAAACUGCGGGAGGGAGUGAUCGCCCCCCUCCCGCCCCCUCCCCACCGAGAGCCGCCUCGGGCGGCAGCUGCGGGAGGCGGCGGUCUGCGCUCUGACUCAGCCUAGGCGAGGCCGGAGGCUGCCAGCAGCCCAGUUAGGGGCCGGGCAGGAGGGACGGCGGGGCUCCGCUGGCGCUGCCGCGGCUUACCCUUCCGGCGCGCCCCCCCCCAGUUGUGGCCGAAGAGCAGCUCCCCGCGGAGCCUCAGCGCCUGACCCCAGGCCCAGCCGAAGGUGGCGGCCCCUUUCCCGGCCCAGCGCAGUCGGGUUGGCGUUGGGGAGCUUGCGUGCGAACUCGAGGUGCUGCGCCCGCCUCCUCCCCCGGUACUCCCGGGCCCUCCCCCCGCCGCUCUCAGCCUCCGUCCCUCCCUCUCUCGCUGCGCCUGGCUCGGAGGUGCGGGACGCCUGGCUCGGAGGUGCCGGACGCUUGGGUCCUCGGGCUGGUCAGGAAGAGCAAACAGGGAACAGCCUUCGCCAUGCUACCGGCGGGAGGCGUCUAUGCCGUGAAGAAAAGGAAAAAGCCGGUGCCGAAGAGUCCCAAACCACCCACUCCUGAGGGCACCAAGUCCAACCCUUCUAAAAGACACCGGGACCGUCUGAAUCAGGAACUCAACAAACUGACCAACCUGUUGCCCUUUCCUGAGGAUGUCCGGGCCCGGCUGGAUAAACUUUCCAUCCUCAGACUGGCUGUGGGUUACCUGAAGGUAAAGGGCUACUUCACAGCCAUUUUGAAGAACCUCAGUACAGGUGGGCCAGAUGAACAAUCUGCAAAUUCCAGAGGAAAUGCCAUGAUACCCCCUCAUUUCACCCAGGAAGCCUUUUCCGAAGGAGACUUGCUUCUUCAGGCUCUCCAUGGUUUUUUCAUUGCAGUCACUGCCGAUGGAUAUAUCUUCUAUGUCUCACCUACUGUUCAGGACUACCUGGGAUUUCAUCAGUCAGACAUCAUUUACCAGAGCGUGUUUGAGCUGAUCCACACCGAUGACAGGGCCAUGUUCCGUUGCCAGCUGCACUGGUCCCUGAACCCCCCAUCAUUCAGGGAAGCGGAGCAGGACUCCAGCUCUCUGCCUGAGAACGAGAGCCCUCUGAACAAUGGCUCCACCAUGUAUGACCUUCGGCACCCACUCCCAGAGAAUCCCUCCUUCCUGGACAGAAGCUUUGUCUGCCGAUUCCGCUGUCUGCUGGACAAUUCUUCAGGCUUCAUGGCUUUGGAUUUCCACGGUCGCCUGAAAUUCCUCUAUGGGCAGAAUAAAAAAGCUGAAGAUGGAUCCCUCAUGCCGCCCCAGCUGGCCCUGUUCGCUAUAGCAGUGCCCCUUCAGCCUCUCUCCAUCUUGGAACUCCGAACAAAGAUAUAUAUUUUUCAGACCAAACAUAAGCUGGACUUCACACCAAUGGCUUGUGAUGCUAGAGGGAAGGUGCUUCUGGGUUACACAGAAACUGAACUCUGCAUGAGAGGCUCUGGAUACCAAUUUAUCCAUGCAGCAGACAUGAUGUAUUGUGCUGAAAAACAUGUAAGAAUGAUGAAGAUGGGUGAGAGCGGAAUGACCGUCUUCAGGCUACUGACCAAGAAGGCGGGCUGGCUCUGGGUCCAGUCCAACGCCAGGCUCGUGUACAAAGGAGGCCAGCCAGACUGCAUCAUCGCCCGGCAGAGGGUGCUCUCCAACGAAGAAGGGGAAGAACAUUUGCACAAGAGGGCCACGUCCCAGCUGCCCUUUAACUUUGCCACGGGGGAAGCCGUCCUGUAUGAGAACAACCUUUCGGGCUUUCUCAGCUCUCUCCCUCCCAAGAAGGGGCUCAAGGCAAAGAAAGAAGCUUUCCUUGACCCUGGCGCAGUUGACCCCAAUUCCCUCCUGGGAGCCAUGAUGCAGCAAGAUGAAUCUGCGUACGUUUCCAGGACUGUCCCUGCCCCCUCCUUCUCCUUUCCAGAUGUCGUGCAAGCCCCCAGGGGAUGGGGGGCUAAUGACAAGAAUGGGAAGAUCAUAAAAGACGAGACGGAUUCCCUGUUGACCGUCAUUGAGACAUUAUUUGAGGGAAAUGAGCCUGAGAGUAAUAUCUUCAAAGCCAGUCAGCACCUGGAUGGGGAGGCCCUGGGAUCACACAAGUGGGAGGAAAGCAUGUUUCUGGUGAACCCAGUGGAGUCCCCGAGUUUCCAGGGAAGACUCCAGCCAGGAGGGUCCUCCCGCAGGGACGAGGUGGGACUCUCGCCAGGGAGCAGAAAGUGCGGGGACUUUCCACCACUGAACAGCACGACGUCCUUGCAGCCCCUGAGGCACCCGGCCCCGCCGAGAGAACCGUCCCCUCCAACCCCUCCAAUGAACCCGUUUCAGCGCUUACUUAUGAAUUCCCCCAACGAGAAGGAUGCGGGCCGUUCUUGGGAACACCACUGGCCUUCGGUGGGUCCUGAUCCACUUGUCCAUUUACCACCGGGAUUGCAGGAAACUUUCCCUGAUUCACCCCAGCAGAUCGAGGGACAGAGCUACGAGGGUCCUUUGACCUUUGGCACGUGCCCAAAUGCCAUGUCCGCCCCUGAGAUACGAGCAGCAUCCGGCCAACAAAGCCCCGUUUCCUCGCGUCAGACCAGUUGGCUUCCCCAGGAAACGGGCUCGGCCAGCUCCACGGCGGCGUGGCCCCCCACGUGCACGCUCGCUUCGGGGAAGGUGGCGCGGCCCAGCUCGGGGGGUGACGUCUCCGCCCAGUCAGGUCAGCUCAGGCCUCUCGAUAACCAGUGGCUGGAUCCAGAGCCUGCGGGGGUCUCGGUCCCUCAGGGGCCAUCCCGGGGUGCCAAGCCCUGCAGGGGGGUGGGCUCUCUGACCUAGGAGAGCCCAUGGAGGUGGAAUUCCAAGCACAGAGAGCUCAGACAACCGCCCUUGGAAGCCACGGGUCCAGCCUGUGGGUUUCCUCAGGGUUGGCUGCCUUCCCUCCAGGGGGCACGCGAGGCGCGGGGGUUCCCGACCCACAGCAGGCCCAAGGGACGAUGUCGCCGUGCUUUGGCCAACAGACCGGUCCUCCGGGAGGUCGUCAGCUGCCCGCGGCCUGUUCUUCCUAUUGGCCAACCCAGCAGCAGCAAGGAGCCCCGGUCCCGGACAUCUACGGCCAGAGAAGAGGCUUCUCGGCCCGGCCUGAGCGGCCUUUGGUGGAAGGGACGGACUCUGCCGCGGGGCCCUUGGGCGGGGCAGCUCGGGGACAUCGUGGGGUGCCCCCGGUGGGAGCAGCAGGGCCCGGCCCCCAUCGCCAGACUGCCUCGGCUCGGGGGGCCGGUGGCCAGAGACAGGGGAUGCUCCAGGAUAUCCCAAGCUCCUCCGCUUCUCCCCCAUGGCUGAGCCAAUGCUCCCUCCCCUCCCCGGAAUAUCCCAGCGGCGUUCCCACCGGGGAAGGGGACCUGUCGCCUCCAGGGGCCCGCCUCGGGGCCAGCAGGGAGCUGGCAGAGGCCCCGCCACCUCACCCGGGCAGACUGAGCAGCUCGGCCCCUGGGAGGGAAGCCAGGCUGGAGCGCAGCUGGAGCCUCCCCGCCCGUCCCUCGCGCCCGCCCUUCUCCCACGCGGCAGCGCUGGGGCAGCCCGACCAGCGGCCAGUGUCCAGUCAUGGUAUCCACUGCAAGCCAAGCCAUCAGAAGGAAGAGUCUGGUACCACAGGAGAUCCUGCUACUGUCUAUUAUCCCAAAACUCAGUUUACCUCAAGCUCUGAGGUCAGAUCACAACAUCCUCCUUGGGACUAAUUUGUGUGUGUGUGUGUGUGUGUGUGUGUGUGUAUGUGUGUGCUUUAAUAACAAUUGUUUUUAUGGAACUGGAGUUCCUGAAGCUUUUCAAUGGAUAUGCAAAUAUUGCUGUAAUUAAAAACAAAACCCUUCUCCAUGU